GGCGGAGUCCCGCCCCGCGGCGGCAGGCACGUACUGGGACGCUGUGCAAUAACUGCUAGUUUAAGCCAUGGAUAUUCGGAGGAACCGGAGCGCUCCCCCCGCGGAGGGCAGGAUCAGGAUGGCCAGACAAGAAGGGCAGCUGCUGGUUAAUUUGAAAACAAACUAUCCCGAUCUGGUGGUAGAUAUUGAGAAAAUAGUUUUAGGAGAGAGAUCCAGAAAGAAGACCUCUUGCAAUCAGAAAAGGCAACGAAGGGAGCUUUCUAUAGCGGUGUGCGCAUUGCUGAAUUCAGGAGGAGGAGUAGUGAGGAUGGAGAGUGAAGACAAGAAUUACUGCUUUCAGGAGCAUGGCAUUGGUCUGGACAUAGAGCAAAGUCUCAGGGAGUGCAUUGCCUGCGCCGAGACCAGUGAAUACUUCACCUGGAUGCAGCAGCGGAGUCACUUGCUGCUUUUUGUUAAAACAUGGAGCUGUGGAGGUCCGGAGCAGAAAAAUGCAGCCACAAAGCCGCGUAUCUGUAGCUUGAGCACUGGUUUGUCCCAUAGGUGUUUCACUUCAGUUCUCCCUAUGACUUCAAGCGGCGCUGCUGAAUUUCUGAGGAAGAAGGAAAGCUCUGCCAAGUGCCGUGAUGAGAAUGGGCCAAGCGCUAAGAAAGCUCUGAUGAAUUUUGAUGGGGGAGCGAAGGAGACCCCUUUGAACACCGAAGAGCACAACAUCCAAGAUGCCGCUGCCAGGCUUUUAAAAAGAGACAAACUGAUGUUUGGGGAGGUUCUGGGUUUCGCAGAGACAACACAUAUUGAAUUUAAGAACUUCUCUACACAGAAUAUCUUGGAAUACAUUAGAAAAACCCUUCCCAAUUAUGCCUCUGCCUUUGCAAACACUCAGGGUGGUUAUUUGUUUUUUGGAGUGAAUGACAUCGGUGAAGUCAUUGGAAGCCAUAGUAAAGUGGAGAAAGAAGCUUUAGAGAAAACAGUAGCUGAUACCAUGGGCUCACUGCCCGUCCAUCACUUCUGCAGCUCUCAGGCUGGCGUGCAGUUUAAGACUCACACCCUGAGCGUUUGUGACGAAGCAGGCGGCUUGCAGGGCUACGUAUGCGCUGUGCGAGUUGAACCGUUUUGCUGCGCUGUUUUCCACAAUAACCCUGAAUCCUGGAUGGUGAUGGGUGACACGAUUGAAAGACUGAGCGUCAGGAAAUGGACGGAGCUCAUGACAGCUGCAGACCCAGAUCUUUCAAAGCUGGCUGAUAAAUUUGAGAAUGAGCUCAGUUUGUCAAAUAGUCCUCCUCUUGUCAAGCCAGUUUACUCAAAAGCGGGUCUCCAGUGUGUGUCUGAACUCCAAGAAUGCCUCUACCCAGUGGGUUCUAAUGAAAUCAAAUGGAAACCAGAAACCAUCUGCGCCGACCUGUUCUCAGAAUAUCCUGGAUUAGAGGAUUUAAUGAAAAAACAAAUCCAUCCACUUAACAAGGGGGUACUGAUAUUUUCAAGGAGUUGGGCUGUUGACAUCGGAUUGCCACAAAACCAGGAUGUUGUGUGUGAUGCUCUCUUAGUAGCUGAAAAUGCAUAUCCAGUUUUGUAUACUGUAGUCAAGGAUGCCUCUUCUGCCGAGUCUGAAAACUCGAGAGAAACUGCUUUUGCAUUAAAGCAGAAACUAGUCAAUGAUGGGGGAUACGCUUCAAGAGUGUGUGUGAUUCCCCAAGUACUGCACCUGAAUGGCACAAAGAACCAGAUGGAAGUUGCGGAGGACGAUGUUCCCCAGCAAGAAAACCUGUGUGAUUAUCCCAGUUUAUACCCAGAGAAUUACAUCCUCACCUCCAGGGACAUCCCUGCAUUCCUGCGUGCACUUGUGAUUGUCGUGCUGCGCUUUAAGUCAUACUUAAGUGACCAUCUUGGCUGUGAGAUUUUCAACCUUCUCACUCUCAAACAGUAUGAGCUCCUCUCCAAGAACCUGCACAAAACCAAGGAGCAGUUUGUCCUUGGUCUUCCUGGAACAGGGAAAACAAUCGUGGCUUUGAAGAUCAUUGAGAGAAUAAGAAACAUUUUUCACUGUUCUGCAGAAGAGAUACUCUACAUUUGUGAAAAUCAACCCUUGAAGAAGUUUGUGGGAAAUGAGAUCUGCCGGUCUGUGACACGUGUUGCCUUCUUAAAUGGGAACUUCCCAGAAGUGAAACACAUUGUGGCUGAUGAAGCUCAGAAUUUUCGUGAGGAAAACUGGCACCUAUGUGCCCGGGAGCUAGUCAAGAACAAAAGUGGCGUUUUCUGGGUCUUCCUGGAUUUCUUUCAGUCCACUCACCCAUAUGGCUGUGGUCUUAAGUUUUCAGAACUGUAUCCUCGGGAAUGGUUGACAAAAGUGGUCCGUAACGCCAAGCAAAUAUACAAUGUCAUGUUUAAGGUAAUGGGGGAAAUCCUCCAAAAUCGUAACACAUAUAUGCCCUGUAAGGUGCUGGCAGAGUUGUUCACACAGGCUGAAUGUGCCCAUUCUUUGCCAGGCGACUACAUAAUAAAAAAAAAUAUGGGAACACUUGAAAUGGCAGAGUAUGUGACCAGGAAGUGCAACAGCUAUAUCCAGCAAGGCUAUCCUGUCAAAGAUAUUGCAAUCCUGUGCAGUACACAGCAUGCAGCCCAGGAGUUCGGUCAGAUAUUGGAACCUGAGCUAAAAAAACGAGUCAGGAAAUUCAGGGUAAGGUUGGUCUUGGGGUCAGCGGAGAAUGUUUUAGAAAAUGUCAUUGUUCUUGACAGCAUCCGACGCUUCUCAGGCCUAGAAAGGAGGAUUGUGUUUGGCAUCCACCCUGUCCCUGCACAAGAGGAGGUAAAACUCAAUCUUUUGCUCUGUGUGGCAUCCAGAGCCAACACCAAACUCCAUUUGCUGUAUCACAAAGAAGAGACGUUUUUAAGAGACUCACCUUUAGACGACAGCUUGGGCUAUGGACACUAGAAUGCUUCACUCAUUUUUUGGAUCAUAGAAUGAAUCAUAGAAUCACAGAAUGGUUUGGGUUGCAAGGUACCCCAAAGCCCGUCCAGUUCCAACCCCUGCCAUGGGCAGGGACACCCUCCACUAGCCCAGGUUGCCCAAAGCCCCAUCCAACCUGGCCUUGAACACUGCCAGGGAGCCAGGGGCAGCCACAGCUUCUCUGGGCAACCUGUGCCAGGGCCUCAGCACCCUCACAGGGAAGAAUUUCUUCCCAACAUCUCAUCUCCAUCUCCCCUCCUGCAGCUUCAGGCCACUCCCCCUUGUCCUGUCAUUCCCUGCCCUUGUCACCAGCCCCUCUCCAGCUUUCCUGGAGCCCCUGCAGGGACUGGAAGGGGCUCUAAGGUCUCCCCGGAGCCUUCUCUUCUCCAGGCUGAACCACCCCAACUCUCUCAGCCUGUCUCCACAGCAGAGGUGCUCCAGCCCUCUGACCAUCUCCAUGGCCUCCUCUGGACUCGCUCCAACAGCUCCAUGUCCUUGUCCUGGGGACCCCCAGAGCUGGAUGCAGUACUGCAGGGGGUCUCACCAGAGCAGAGUAGAGGUGCAGAGUUCAGCAUUUUGUUCAGUGAUAUUAUAGGGCAGCCUUAAGAUUUUUUUUUUUAAUGCCCUUUCUGUAGUCGAUGCAAAAAUAAAAAAAUUAUGCAGUUUCACAUACAUAUUUCAUCAUGUGUAGGCCUGUAGGAUGUCACAAAAUUUACUUUAAUUAAAGGACAUUGCCACCUGGAGACAACAAAUUGGUGAAAGUGGCAAUUGCAGAAGGAAGUCAACAAUUACAAACUACUUGGAUAAACCAUAGAACAGUUUGGAGACUUGUACUUUCAGUUCCUCUGCUCUUUAAGCUGAUUGCAUAUUCUGACUUCUUUCAGCACUAACAGAGUGGAACCACUGGUUGGAAAUGCAACAGGGGCCAUCCCUGUUUACGUCCCUGCUGGUGCUGGUGCAAAUGGUCAAAACUCUGCUUUUCUCAAUGGUGGGGAGAAUUUUGUGAAUUUUUAGCCAAAUCAUCUCUUUUCUCAUCCAAAAAGAUAGAGCCACAGCUUGCUUUCGGUAGCUGCUCACAUUUGUACCAACUCAAGCUGUUUAGAAACUGCAGUGGGUCACCAAGAUUUCCCCAUUCUAACUGGGACUAUUGAAGUAUCGAAGUCAACAGGCCACUGCAAUGUAGUACAUAUGUUGACAGCCCAAUUCUUACUGUCAUGUCAAAUUUGACAUAAGCAGUAUGGCUCUUCAAACUCUGAUUGUGCAAAAACCUGUUGAGAAUCUACCAUAUAAUUACAUCUUUCUGUGUCAGAUUCCAACUGUUGCCAGAGCUUUGCCAAUGUUUGUCUAGUAAUGUAGUUCCUGUUAUUGCUUACUCUUAGAUUUUAAAAAGCUGAAUAAAUAGUGACAUGAUAAUGUCAUAUUUGCCUGGGGAAAAAAAAAAAAAAGAUAUUUCACUGUGACUCUUGUAAAAUUGUAUCAGCUUUCUGCUUUUCUGUAAUAAAUUGCUUUUUCUU